CUGGCAGGACUUGUUUACUGGUGGAGAGACUCGCGGAGAGAGAGAGACGGAGAGAGGGGGAACCUGAGGGAGAGCAAUCGCUAAACGGAACGGGAAUCCAAGUUUUUACACUUGACCCGUCUUUUUUUAAAGUCUUUUUAUGUUUGUUUACCUCAUCGUUCUUUGACUAUCGGAGACGGGAUACUCACUUUGUGUGUGCGCGCGCGUGUGUGUGUUAUUUUUUUUAAUUUUUAACUCUAUCGCCGACACUGAAACCUCGUUUGUUUUGGAUUAGCUAGCUAACGUUAGCUGUUCACCCCCCCCCAUCAGCUAACGUUAAUCUGAGAAAAAGAAACGGGCGGCGUGGUGGAGAGUUUCCUCACUUCACAGCAGCGUGCAGGUUAAACGGAGCCGUUAUUUUUGUCCCCCACCACCUCGUUUUUUCCCCCACACUUCCACCCCACAUUGGAUGGAGAAAGAAGUAACGUUUAUCUCCUCAAGUUUUCCGUCUUUGUUUUCUCGCUCCCGUUUUGUCGUUUUAUGGGUGUUCAUUCGUUCGCGGCGUGGUGGUGGUGGUGGUCAGCGGGGGUGAAGGAGUUCAGAGGAGGGUCGUAGUGGGGGGAAAGCUGAAUCGCUGCACGUUUUUCCUGCACGUAGCUCGCUCGGAGCAGUUUCCUGGGAUGUGCUCCCAUCUGUCUUAAAAAGGGGGUGAGCUUCUGAGAAGAUACCAGCGAGCAGGAGUAAUAAAAAAAAGGACCUGUGGACUUCAAAAGAGGAGAGCGCAAACCCUGCCAACUCCCCGAUCUCGGUUCUGUAUUGGGCGAUACCCCACAACUUUCAGCCCAUACCUGCUGGUGGAACAGAAGAAGAGGGUGUUUUUUUUUAACGCUGUACAGAAGAAAAAUACUUCUCGCAGUUUGUUUUUGAAGUGGGUCUUCCCUCACUGGAGCAGUGCAUUACAGAGAAAUGAGCCCGGGGCCAGUGGACCUCCACCGGGGACCUCCAAACUAGCCCUCUGCGUGUGGGAUAUUAAUAAUAAUACAGUUAUUUCUCUCCUGGUUCGGUGUAGCACCAAAAUUAAACAGAUGAAUGUGGACUGGCGCUUUCACUUAUGGAAAAUGAAGAUUUUUACUCGCACGUGUGUUACCAGAACCCAAGAUCACGUUAUUUAGUGGUCUGCAUUUUUUCCAGGGCUCACAUACAUCACAGACUUGGCUGGGAAGAUACUCAGAAAUUUAUUACCGCCCACCCCCCCGGCUUACGGGGGGCAACCUUGAAUCAGUUGUCUUUAUUGGACCUUCAGUUUUAAGAUUUUUUUUUUAUUACUUUUGAUAUUCCAGCGCCUUUGAAACCACAUUUCUCCCUCAAGAUUGGAGUUGUAUUUUUUUUAUUUUAUUUAUUUAUUUUUUGAGAAGCUUCAAGAGGAGAGCACAACUUAUCCUCCAGUCAAAAUGAGGCGGUGGACGCUAAAGCUGCGAGCACAAAUUGUGUUUUUUAUCAUCUGCACCUGCAUUAUAUGCCAGUGUGGACUUAUAAACGGAGAAAUCUGCCCGAGCAAGGACAUCCGGAACAAUGUGACCAACCUCCAGUCUUUGGAGAACUGCACCAUCAUCGAGGGCCAUCUGAAGAUUCUGCUCAUGUUUAAGACCAAGACCGAUGACUUCCGAGGCCUUAGCUACCCAAAGCUGCGAGUGGUGACUGACUACGUGCUGCUGUUCAGGGUCUACGGCCUCGAGACGCUCAGCGAUCUCUUCCCCAACCUGACGGUGAUCCGCGGCAACAACCUCUUCUUCAACUACGCCCUUGUGCUUUACGAGAUGCUGCAGUUGAAGGAGGUGGGCCUUCACAGUCUGAUGAACAUCACCCGGGGUGCUGUGAGGAUCGAGAAGAAUCCGGACCUGUGCUACCUGGCUACCCUGGACUGGUCCAAGAUCCUGGACUCAGUGGAGGACAACUUCAUCGUGGCCAAUAAGAAUGAGAGGGAGUGCGGAGAUGUGUGUCCUGGCACGGCCCAAGGCCAGACCAUCUGCCAGCAGAACACCAUCAACGGACACUUCAGGGGACGAUGCUGGUCGCAGAACCACUGUCAGAGAAUGUGCUUGGACAACUGUAAACAUGGAGCGUGCAGCCUUCAGGGCCAGUGCUGCCAUGACCAGUGCCUGGGCGGCUGUUCUGAGCCAGGUAAUGCAAGUAGUUGUGUGGCCUGCAGGAACCUCCAGCAUGGGAACACGUGUUUAGAGAAAUGUCCUCCUGGAUACUAUGUCUUCAGGGGCUGGCGCUGUGUUAGCUUCUCCUUCUGUCAGGACCUCCACAACCAGUGUAAGCAGACUAAGAAGUUGAACCAGGAUCGGGAGUCAGUCUGCCAUGAAUACGUCAUCCAUAACGGGGCGUGUAUUCCAGAGUGUCCUUCUGGAUACACCACUGUAAACUCCACUACGUUGACCUGUUCACCGUGCGCAGGCCUGUGCCCCAAACUGUGUGUGGGAAACAAGACGAUCGACUCGGUAACUUCAGCCCAGGCUCUGAGAGGCUGCACUGUUCUCCACGGAAACAUGAUCAUCAAGAUUCGAGGAGGGAAUAACAUAGCUGCUGAGUUGGAGGCUAGUUUGGGCCAGAUUGAGGAAAUCACAGGCUACCUGACUGUUCGCAGAGCGUACGCCCUGGUCUCCCUCUCCUUCCUCCGUAAACUGCGCAUUAUCAAGGGGGAGCAUCUUGAGAAUGAUGUUUAUGCCUUCUACGCACUGGACAACCAGAACCUGCGAGAGCUGUGGGAUUGGUCCAAGCACAACCUGACCAUCCAGCGUGGUCGUACGUUCUUCCACUACAACUCCAAACUUUGCAUGUCUGAAAUCAGGAAGAUGGAGGAGGUGACGGGAACCAAGGAGCGCAACCAAAAGAAUGACAUCGCUGUACGCAACAACGGGGACCAAGCUUCCUGUGAGACCAAGCUGCUGAAAUUCACCAUGAUCAAGACCUCAUCAAAUAUGAUUAUACUAAAGUGGGAGCCCUUUUGGCCGUUAGAUUUUAGAGACCUGCUGGGAUUUAUGGUUCUCUACAAAGAGGCGCCAUAUAAGAAUGUGACAGAGUUUGAUGGCCAGGACGCAUGUGGCUCUAACAGCUGGGCAAUUGCUGAUGUUGAUCCUCCACCCCGUUCAACGGAUGGCAAGAAGGCGGAGGAUCCGGGGCACCUAAUCCGACCACUGAAGCCCUGGACCCAGUAUGCCAUCAUGGUUAAAACCCAACUGUCUGCGUCUGAUGAGCACCAGGUUCAUGGAGCCAAGAGCGAGAUCAUCUAUGUCCGCACCAACGCCUCCAAGCCCUCAGUGCCUCUAGACCCCAUCUCCUCCUCCAACUCCUCCUCUCAGAUCAUCCUGAAGUGGAAGCCUCCAACCAGUCCCAACGGCAACAUCACCCACUACCGGGUGGUCUGUCGCAAGCAGCCCGAGGACAGCGACCUCUACAAGUUUGACUACUGCCUACAAGGAAUGAAGCUGCCGUCUCGGACCCCGACCCACCUGGACAGUGAGGAUGAGCAGAAGUGGAACCACACAGAUGAGCUCACAGCAGGGGGAAGGUGCUGCGCCUGCCCCAAGACAGACAACCAGCUAAAGAAGGAGCAGGAAGAGAUCGAGUACCGCAAGACCUUCGAGAACUACCUCCACAAUGAAGUCUUCGAGAGCAGACCGUCUCGUCGACGACGCUCAGUGGGAGUUGCCAACGCCACCCAACUCCCUCACUUCCUUACCACAGCCCCCAGUGUGCCAUUUGGCUCCACCACAGCCACCCCUGAAGAUGAUGACGAGGAUGAUGAGGGAUCCAAGGUGGAGCUGAAGGUGUUCUCAAAGGAGUCAACAGUCAUCUCCAACCUGCACCACUUUACCAGUUAUAAGAUAGAGAUCAUGGCCUGCAACCAUCCGACGGACCCUAAACGCUGCAGCAUGGCUACUUAUGUCAGCGCCCGAACCAUGCCUGAGGAGAAAGCAGACGACAUCCCAGGCCCCGUGACUCAUGAGAUAGUGACGGCCGAGCCUCCUUAUGUGUUGAUCAAAUGGAAUGCACCCCGCUCCCCCAACGGCCUCAUCAUCCUAUACGAGGUUUUCUACAGGAAGGUCGGAGACACAGAGGUUCACACAGCUUGUGUGUCACGUCCUGCCUACCUCAAGUUAGGUGGGACGAAGCUGUCGCUUGUGCAGCCUGGAAACUACAGUGUGAGGGUCCGCGCUACCUCCCUGGCAGGAAAUGGCUCUUUUACAGAAACCACUUACUUCUUCAUGCCCAACCCGGACCCAGGCUUGAUUUGGAUUGUGAUUGGUCCAGUUAUCUGCUUCAUCCUGCUGCUGUUUGUUGGAGGUGGAGUCUUUUGGAUCUUCAAGAAGAGGCAAACAGAAGGCCCAACGGGACCUCUUAUCGCCUCCUCAAACCCUGAAUACAUCAGCGCUAAUGAUGUGUAUGUUCCUGAUGAGUGGGAGGUACCCCGGGAGAAGAUCACAGUGCUCAGGGAGCUGGGUCAGGGCUCCUUCGGCAUGGUGUACGAGGGAAUCGCCAAGGACAUCGUCAAGGGAGACCCAGAGACACGCGUAGCUGUCAAGACGGUCAAUGAGUCGGCCAGCCUGCGAGAGAGGAUCGAGUUCCUCAACGAAGCCUCGGUCAUGAAGGCCUUCAGCUGCCACCACGUGGUACGUCUGUUAGGUGUGGUGUCCAAAGCUCAGCCCACCCUGGUGGUGAUGGAGCUGAUGACCCAUGGUGACCUGAAGAGCUACCUGCGGAGUCUCAGGCCGGACUCUGAGAACAACCCAUCAGGCCGUCCACCGCCCACACUGAAGGAGAUGAUCCAGAUGGCUGCAGAAAUUGCAGAUGGCAUGGCCUACCUCAAUGCCAAGAAGUUUGUCCACAGAGACCUGGCAGCCAGGAACUGCAUGGUGGCAGAGGACUUCACUGUCAAGAUUGGAGACUUCGGUAUGACGCGAGACAUCUAUGAGACUGACUACUACCGUAAAGGAGGGAAGGGCCUGCUGCCUGUCAGGUGGAUGGCUCCAGAGUCUCUAAAGGAUGGAGUCUUCACUGCCCACUCUGACUGCUGGUCAUUUGGCGUUGUGCUGUGGGAGAUCAGUACGCUAGCAGAGCAGCCUUACCAAGGUUUAUCCAACGAGCAGGUUCUUAAGUUUGUCAUGGAUGGAGGAUACCUGGACCGGCCAGAGAACUGUCCUGAGAGAAUGCACAACCUAAUGCAGAUGUGCUGGCAGUACAACCCCAAGAUGCGGCCGAUGUUCCACGAGAUCAUCGAGAUGCUGCGGGAGGACCUGCACCCAUCUUUCCAGGAGGUCUCCUUCUUCUACAGCGAGGAGAACAAAGUCCCAGAGACAGAGGAGUUUGACCUGGACCUGGACAACAUGGAGAGCAUCCCCCUGGACCCGUCCUCGUACUCGCAGAGAGAGGAGAGUUUAGGCAGGGACAGCGGGCCCUCGGUGGCCCUCAGGGGGAACUAUGAGGAGCACGUCCCCUACACACACAUGAACGGUGGCAAGAAAAACGGACGAAUCUUAUCGUUGCCCAGAUCCAGCCCUUCCUAACAUUUCCUGUUUCCUAACGAACUUGUUUAACCUUCCCUGCUCCUUUCCCAUCCUUCUUCCUCUUCCAGUCUAUUAUUCUGUAUCCUUCAUGUUCCUCUCAUCAUUUUCUAAUGAUUUUCUUAUUCUUGGAGAAGCCCUUCAAAAAAAAACAAAAAAAAAGACACAGAUCUCAGGACUUUUUAUUUUCUUCCUCAUGGCUGCCAAACACAGGCAAGCAAGGGAUGCAAACAUGGUGUAACACUUUUUUAACUUCCUCCACAAUACAUCAGACUGUCUAUUACCACAGAUUACCUAUCUUUUGUUUUUCACUAUUGCCACGUUUCCAGGACUCAUCGUGAUGGAAACGGAGAGGAAAAAAAACUGUGAACACAACAAACCUUAGACAACCAAGAAGGCUGCUUAUGCUCAACCUCCUCAAGACUUGUCCCUCCUUCCCCCCACCCCUACCAAAUCUGCAUUUCCACUCUUCUGUGCUUUGUGUUUUGUUUUUUUUUUUCUCCAAGUGAAAUCUUUUUACUCAGAUAGUGGCCUUUUUAUAUGUGGCCUAUAAACAAAGAGAAGUGUCCAUCUGCGCUUAUACUAAUUUCCUUUUGAACAAUGACUUAAUCAGUUUGGAACGGUGGGAUGACUUGAUCCUAGAACAAAACAUCUAUUCUUAGAGGAAUGUUUUUCUUUUUGUUUUUUGUUUUGGUUCUGCAGAAUUCCAAACUACACACAAAUUCAUUGGGUGUUUGGUGAAUAGUUUUAAUUUAUUUACUUUUAUUGUUAUUUUCUCUCUCUUCCUUUCUCUCUCAGUUUUGUUUCUGUGUCCUCACUAUAUGGCUGAAGGAUAUUUAAACAGUUAAGAAUUGGACAAAAGAGUUCCUCAGACUGACCAAUAGCUGCUGCUUUGAUAUAUUUUAGUGGGUAUAGAAAUAUAUAAAUAUAUAUAUAUAUAUAUAAUAUAUAUAUAUAUAUAGUAUAUAUGAAAUGUUGGUAUUUUUGUACCAAUAUCUUAUAUAUAAUAUAUGACAUACUGAUGUUUUUGUAAAUAGUUCAUAUUUGUAAGGUUAUUCAUCAGAAGCUUUGCUAGUAUUUUGUUUUGCCAGGUUUUCUUUUUUAAAUUUUCUUAUUUUUCUAGCCCCAGAAAUCACACUAAUCUACCAUCAGUGCUCUCUGUGUCUUAGGCCUCCAGCCCUGCCCUCGAGUUACACUCUCUGGAUGGGAAAAGGGGAAAUAUUGUCAACUCACUGCAUCUUUUUUUAUAAACCUUGUUCCCACUGAGAGCUGUCAGUACUUGGAGGCAACUUCACUACAACAAUGACAAAACAAACAAAAAAAAAAAAACCCUAAACCAAAAAAAAAAGCUUUAUAUAAAAGGGGAAUGAGGUCUUUGUAGGUUGAAGUACACCUGAUGAGUGUUCAUCUCCGUGUCUGCUGUCUUUCUCUGGUCAGAUCACGCUGGAGUUGUGUUUGUUACCACAGGUUUGUUAUGUCUUUCAUGUGAUUGUGCUGGUCAUCGGUGUUAAAUGUCAGUGAAGUUAGAGAGUGUGUCGAGAGCUUGUCCCCCAGCUUAGUGAUUGUAUUUCCUUACGUUAGCGUAGCGGUAAUGGCUUUUCGGUUGCGUCUGUGCUGCUUGGUUCAGAGCAGCAUGGGAGUUAACACCAGCUCUCAGCUAAAAUGCAGGAGAAGUGGAUGAUAUCUUUUUGUCCGGUUUUUACGGCUGGCCCACUAAAAGUCCACAAGAUUUUUAAACUGGAGAGCAGUAGCGUGAAUACCUUCCUAUCUGACCUGAGAUCUGGCACCAUUUAGCACCUCAGUGCAAAGUUGGAAGGUUUAAUAAAAUUCACACAUUAUCAGUCCCCUCUCAUUGUCGUUCAGUUAGGUUUCUUUUGCACCACACACGCACGCACGCAUGCACACACACGCACACACCUCCUGCACUCUUCUCCCUCCUCAGUCUUCCUGAGGCUUUCCCAUUGGCUGCUGAACUCACUGCUCAAAAUCAGGCUGGUGGAAACUUCCACGUUUUGUGGUGGAGGGCUGGAGAGAAAUAUGGAAAGUUCCAAGUGUAUUCAGAGUCCUCAGCAGGUAACUGAGGGGGGGGGGGGUCUCUGUCUUUCAGUGUGUCUGAGAGAGAAAGAGGGAGUGUGAGUGAUAAUCCUAUUAUUCUCUCUGCUAUCACAUGCAGUUAGGCAGUCAGAACACAGUGUGCAGCAGCUAUUUCACUCAGGUCUGACAUUCCAGGAUUUAGUUGGAACUGCUCGUUCCCUCGUCUCCUACCAACCCCCCCUGUUUUUGCUUGCCUGUGGGCAAAGCUGAUACCAUCACCACACCCUAUCAGUGCACACAUGAAAGACUUUCUUUGCCUUUAUUUUCCCUUCUUAAUAAUAAAUUGCUAGAGAUACAGUGGCAGACAGAUUUUUUUUUUUUUUUUGGUUAACAUUCACUCUAAGAGAAAUUUGUUUUCUUUCGUCCCUCCUGCUGGGAAUCAGAAAACAUUCCCUUCAAAUGAACCCUUACGCAAAGCUACAGAAAAGUGAGUGGUCCUCAUCGCUGACCCCCCCUCAGAUCACUAAUUCACUAUGACUUUCAUUCAGAGCCCAAAGGCUGCAGCAGAGCCUCUGUAAACGCUCUUCUCUCACUCUCUAAACACAUCAGUCGGUGAUGUGGGAGGAGAUAGCAAACGCGUUGAAAUGAUGAACCUUUUUCUUUUUUCUGGACACACAGGUCAGUGUGGUUGCCAAUCUAGCCGAACAGCAUUCAGCACUUAUAGUAUAGCCAAAGUGUUGGCAGCUUUCUGUCAACAACGAGAACCCACAGAAUCGGGAGUCAGAGAAAGCAGAGAAGCUGCCUCCAUAUUUAACCAGUGCCUUCUCAAACCCAGAGCCACGUCCAGGCUAGUUAUAUUGGCUAGUGUAACACACACACACGCACACACACACACACACACAGGCCUCUGUGCUCUCUCUGUAUUUUUUCUCACAAGGCAGGAGAGGCAUUGAAAUCGAAGCUGCAUCAUUUGUGUUUGUAGGCUUACAACAUUGUUCUUUGCUGGAAGAGAAAUUAUGUGUUUGAGGCAGGUUUUUCUUUUUUGUUUCAGCUUGUUGCCAGUGUAAAGUUUGAACACUAAAGUUCACCCAGUGCUUUAGCGGUGACACUGUGGAUUGGCCAGAGUCUGUGCUGUUGGCACUCAGAGGUGCCUGAGGUUAGGAUGUAAAUUUUAGCUAAAUAUACUGAGGAAUUACAAUCUUUGGCCUUUUUUACUUUGUAAAUAAUCUGUGACAUAGUUUGGAGAAUCAAAGCAGAAUAAAAAGAUAUAUUAAAAACUAAAUAAAAAUCAGGUGCCCGUCAGUUGUGUGUACUUGACAGAAAAAUGGUGGACCUCAGCUGCGUCACAGUUCCAUGCUAUGUACUAAUACUGCGCUCUGAUCUUAACAGUUAAAGUUUUGGCCGUAUAAGUAUGCUUCACAUCUCUGAGUGUACUUCCAGUAUAAACGCCCUACGUACUCAAAACCCAGUCAGGAUCAGUGCGUAGUGUGGCAGUGGGACAUAGCUCUCUUCUCCAACUCAACCUAGGUUGUUUAUCUUGUGGUGGUGUUCACACGCAUAUGCAAUUUUUAAUUAAGAUGGUGCCCAUAUCUUUGAAAUACCAGAUAUUUAUUUUGUUAAUGAUCAUUGUCAUUGUAUAAGAAGAACACAGUUAGCUUUUUAGUCGAGCAUUUUUAAGGUGUUUUAGAGAAGAGCGAUGUGAAAGCCUCGUUUGUUAUUGUAUCGGAGGGGCAGCUGGUGGUGAAGCAGCAAGAGUGCUAGUUAGUUAGAUAGUUAGUUAGAUAGUAAGUAAGUAAUUGUCGUCGUCUUUGUGUUUGGCCAGAGUCUACCUCAGUGCAUAUGGAGGAGUCAGUCUAAAGAGCCUAAAUCAUCCCGUCAGUCACUCAAUAUCCCAUCAUUUCAAAUAAUAUCACUUUUAUCGUACAUUACCAACACUGCUGAUGAAUUCCUUUCCACUGUGGUGUAUUAAAUCCCUCUGCCUCUUUGUUUUCUCAGUUUCAACUUCUUCUUCUUGUGUCCUGGGGGGAAGUUUUCAUAAGACUCCUGUGAUACGUGGAGCUCUGCCCAUCACAUUUUGGCCCUUUUUUGAUUUAAACAUUUUGAUCUUGAGGUCUCAUUUUACAUCAGUGGUGUAGUGGAACAUCAGACAGUAAAUUGGCUUUAUGGACGGUCUGUCCCUUUGGUUAUUGCUACAGUUUCUAAAAGUAUUUGCAAGAGGCUUCCCCCGGGUGCUGGAAGAAGCAACCGUAGCUUUAUUGUGCAUAUUCCCCUUUUUCCACGUACACCAAUUCUCUGGACUGUGCAUAGUAGCGGCUCUACUGGUCUCUGGGGUUGUGACAAUAGCAGAGUUUAAAAAAACAACAAAACAAUCUUGUUACUCUCAGUGCAUAUCUGUGAUCACCUACAUGUAGCCCAAGGCUAACCAAGCUCAGCCAUGCACCCUCAUGCUUUUUUAAAAUCACACAUCUAUACUCAACCUGCUGUCUGGCAGAAAGCCCUACUCUUCUUCUUCUUCUUCUUCUUCUUCAGUCAAUCUGUCUCUUUGUUGUGAAAACAGUUUGCGUUCAAAUCCCACGUGUCCUCCAGUCGUUGUUGGUUCAUUUGUCUGUUUCUCUGUUCUGAUUUUUUCUGAUUAGUUUGUUUGUUUGUUUGUUUUGUUUUGUAUGUAUAUUUUUUCUACUGUGAAUAUCAAGAGAUAACCUUUAUUUCCUGUCAAUGCCAUGGAUUGGUUCUGUUGUGGCUGAUCAGGACACUGACUGGGCUGAUUAAAAAGUUUUAAGGAGGAGGACCCCCCCCCCACACACACACCACACACACACACACAUACCCCCCCUCUGCAAAGAAGAAAAAAAAGCUGGACUGGGACAAUCCUGUGUGCCAUAAGAACUAUUAACAGACAUGAAAUCUAGAUUGUAACUUUUCGUCUCAGGGAGGCGGCCUGAUGCUUGGUGGUUGGAGGAUAAAGAGGAUGAGGAGGAAGAAGGAAGAAGAGCUACCUGUCUACCUUUUAUCUUCUCUGACUGAAGAGCAAGUUCUCAGCAUCCUUGCAAAAAAAACAAAACAAAAAAACAACAACAACAACAAAAAGCAAAAUGGAGAUAAUAAGCCCAAGGACAAGUUUUCAACAAAAACCCAAACACCCUUCAGAAAUCUAAAAUGUGUUUUUGAAGAUAAUCAGGAAUCCUCCUCUUUCUCUCUCUGACGUGAUGUGGUUUGGACUGCCCUCUAGCGAUUGGAUGGGAGCAUUGCAGGUCAGGGUGGUGGCAAAGCAAAACAGGGCCCGCGACCCCAUAGUGCCUUGCUCAGACUAACAGCCCCCUCGCCUGACCCCACUCCCACCCUGUCGCCCCCCCCCCCCCCCCGCGCCAUCCCUGAGCAGAACCACCACUCACUGGCGGGUCUCCACCAAUCACUGAAGAGGAUUUUCCACCUCCAAACAUUGAAACGAAAACACACAAAUUAUGUUUUGAUGCAUUCUGUUUUCUUUAGUUGUAACUGCAGAGGAAAACAUUCGAACUGCCUGGUGAGAAAAUACUGUAAUUUGGGAUUAUAUGACUGAUGAUUUUUACCAAAAAAAAAGAAAGAAAGAAAGAAAGAAAGAAAGAAAAAAAUAAUAAGAAAAUGUUGAACUUGUGUCUCUACUCUGCAAAGCUCUGGCUUGCUUUGUGCAUGGAAAAUGAAUUCUCUAUACCAGCAGAUAGCUUGAUAAUUUGAUGCUCACUGAUUCUGCUUCUCAUCAACUCUGUUCUGACAGCGACGCCCCCAAAGCACAUGCAAAAACCCAUGAUUAGCGAGAACAGGUGAUUGCAUUACAAUCGGGGAUUUCCAUUUGAAAUGCACUCAGUUGUUCCACAAUUUGUUUUUUUUUUUUUCUUUCAAAAAAUGAACUGAUUGAUAAGCUCUUGUAACUGUAAAUAGCAGCAGAUCACCUUGGCUCCUGAAAAACGAAAGCACUUGAUUUUUUUUUUUUUUUUCUUUAGGGAAGUUUAGGUUUGUUUUGUUGAACUCUGAAGACCUAAAAAGUGGUUGGACAGAGCAUGCUAGUGACAAAGCGCAGGGUGAGAACAAAGCAUUGUAUGUAUUAUUGUUUUGUUUUAAAGAAAAGAAAAAAGUAUUACAUUUUAGAGAUGUUGAUUUCUAUUUUUUUUUUUUUUUUUUUAGCCAAAGUAGGGAGGGCAAAUACAAUUACCUUUUCUGACUGUAAACUUUUACUACUCUUGUACAUUAUGAAUUUAACAUUGUUAUCAAUGUGUAUAUAACUUUUUUCUAAAUUUAAAAAGAUAGUUUUUGUUUUGUUUUGUUUUGUUCAUGACACAACCCACUACAGAAAAAAGAGCAGAGUCAAGUCUGUCAGUGUAUUUAACAGGAGCAGCACAACUCCAGUCUGAGGGCUUCACCGUGUGUUAACAAGACAUAAACAGUAUGUGGCCUGAAAUGUUUCCGCAGUGAACCCUGCUCUUAAUCUGAUGCAUGUUCUUGAAUGUUGGCUGACAAGAGCUCAUGCAUUUGAACCACCCCACCCAGCCACAGCAACAUGUCACCCAUAAAGCCUUUCUUGUGUCAAAAAAUACAAUCACCUAUCACAGAUGUUGUUGUUGUUGUAUGGAAUUGUCUCUGACAAGAGAUGUGUGUUUAGUUUGCAAAUUUGUGUGUUUUUUUUUUUCUUUUGUUUGUAUGUGAAAAACUGGAAAAGACCACUGCACAUCCUUUUGAAGAAGAGGAAACACGAGUGAUAAAAUCCUGAAUAAGCUAAAAAGAAAACUUUUACUGAUGGUUCAACAACCAUGUAUCUUUAAGUUAAGACUGUAAAGCUGGAGGUGUUAAAGGAAAAGUUUGACGUUUUGGGAAACGUACACUUAUUUGCUUUACAGAGGGUCAAAUGAGAGGAUCCAUAUCACUCUCAUGUCUAAGCUACAUGUAGCAGCUGCUUAGCUUAGCUUAGCUUAGCUUAGUUUGGUGAAAAGACUUUAAACAGGAGGAAACAAAUAACUAGUUGUAACAAACCUACCAGCAUCUCUUAAAUUCACUAAUUAACACUUCAUAUCUUGUUUAAUUCCACACAAAAACAGAAGUGUGAAGAUAUCAAUUUGCCAUUUUAUGGAGAAUUAUGUGCCAGACUGUUUCUCAGCUGGCAGAAGUGUCUUCACUGAGUCUCUGCUGGUCGCCUGGCAACUGGUCCAGGUCAGGAAAUAGUCUGUCAUGUAAUCCUUUUAACAAAAUGAUAUUUUUACAUAUAGUUUUUUGCACAGAUUAAACAAAUUAAACGCAACAUUUUUACUAGUGAGCUUUAGAGGUGCCUUUUUUUUAAGUGAUUUUGCAGCUUUUAGACAGAGCCAUGCUAUCGUUGCCCCCCCCCCCCCCCCUCCAGUCCUUAUGCUAAGCAAAGCUGACUGGCUGCUAUCUGUGUCUUAUAUGUAACGGGUGUCGCUCUUUGAAUCCCUGCUAGACAGUGAACAAGCCUCUCCCCCCAAAAUGUCAAACUAUUCCCCUCGGUGAGGCUGAGCGUAAAGGAGAGACACCUUCAGCUGUAAAUGAAUCAAGUACUGUCGACGAUGAACUGUUCACGUUUGUGUUGUUGAUUAGGGAGAGAGACGCUGCUGUCUGCAGACAGAUAGUUGGGGGUGUGGGGGGUGGGGGGGCUGAGGAGGAGGGGGGACAAACCUGAGGAAAAGCAGCCUCUUCUUGACUUUUAAAUGUCACCUGUCGGUCCAGUGGUCUGCUCCAGUUUACACGCCAAUACCUUAUAUUUGUCUCUAUCCUGUUCCCUGUGCUGUACAUUGUUUAAAUCAGUGGAGUUGUGUCUGUGUUGUCCUCGGUUGAAGUCUUUACAACAGCUUUCUUUGUCUCUGAUCGCUCCUCCUCCUCUUUGUGUCCUUCAAGUCUCUUUUCUCCUCGGUGCACAUAGGUGGUCCCCAGAAUGCUGUGUGUAGUCUUGCAGGAUACCUCUUUUUUUAAUGUCAUUUUUAUUGCCGAUGAAUAUGCUGAUGUAUUAAUUUUGGGAUAUGUUGUGUAUACAUUAUGAUGAGACAUCGGUGCGUGUGCAGACAGCAGGUGUACAUGUGUGUAUGAGCAGUCCAAACCCACCCACCCCCUCCCCCCAAACCUGCAAAAACCCACACAGAGAUCGCUUCACCCCUCACACUGGAUCCAAAUGUGCCAUUAUCUUUAUGUAUCACAUAUAGCAACAUAUUGAACACACACACACACACACACACACACACACACACACACAUACACACACACACAAAUACAUGCAUAUUGUACAGGAUCAAAAAUGUGCCAUGACUAAAUGAACGCUUGACAAUUUAUUUUUUCUAUGUUUUCAAAGGAGAGCCAAGUAGUGACAUGUACAGAAAAUGUUGCAAUGAUAUGAAAAUAAAAAUCUUGCUGUGUGUAAAUUAUUCAACAAUUAACUGUUUAUAUUAAAAUUAAGAAUAAAAUUAUUGGAGAAUA